UUGGCAGCGUCAUCACCACUUGGAGGUAGAUUGAGCAUUAUUGGUUUUAAGUUUUGGCCAACCAAACCAACCAGCAACGAAGCUGCUGCCGAAGAUGAGGGUCUUACUCUGCCACUGUAAUUCAUCCUCUGCACUCCCGCUAUCAUCAUCAUCAGCAUCAUCCUCAGCAACACUAACCAAUAAACCUCCGAUUAUCCUCAGCUUCAGCACUAACAACAACAACUGGGCCAAAAAAGCCUUACUUAGAGCUUUCACUGGAGCUCUCUCUUUGAACCUUUUACUAUCUUCUCCAUUUUCUCUCGCAUCAGUGUCAUCACCCCCGUCGGUACAACUACAAUCGCCUUCUACUCCGCCUAAUUCUUCGAUAGAGAAUUGUUCAGAAGAAGAGGAAAACAAAUAUCGAGAAGAGAUUACUGGACCUCAAGCGGUGACCAAUGAGGGAAUUGUGGAGGAAGCUUGGCAGAUAGUUAACGACAGCUUUCUAGAUACUGGCCGCCAUCGCUGGACUCCUGAAUCUUGGCAGCAAAAAAGAGAGGAUAUUUUGAGCACUUCCAUUCAGAGUAGAUCGAAGGCUCAUGAUAUAAUUAAGAGGAUGCUGGCUAGCUUGGGUGACCCUUAUACACGUUUUCUUUCACCUGCUGAGUUCUCGAAGAUGGCAAGGUAUGACAUGACAGGUAUUGGGAUAAACCUUAGGGAAGUUCCUGACGAGAGUGGAAUGGGGAAACUGAAGGUACUAGGUCUCCUACUGGAUGGGCCUGCUCAUACUGCAGGUGUAAGACAGGGGGAUGAAGUAUUAGCUGUCAAUGGAGAGGAUGUCAGGGGGAAGUCAGCUUUUGAAGUAUCAUCUUUAUUACAAGGCCCAAAUGAAACAUUUGUAACAAUUAAGGUGAAACAUGGCAACUGUGGACCUAUUCAAUCUUUAGAAGUUCAAAGGCAACUCAUUGCUCGUACACCAGUCUUUUACCGCUUGGAACAAGUAAACAAAGAUGCCACUUCUGUUGGGUAUGUGCGCUUAAAGGAGUUCAAUGCAUUGGCCAAAAAAGAUUUGGUAAUUGCAAUGAAGCGACUUCAAGACAUGGGUGCCUCAUAUUUCGUACUGGAUCUUAGAGAUAAUCUUGGUGGACUAGUACAGGCUGGAAUUGAGAUUUCCAAGCUCUUUCUUAAUGAAGGGAAGACGGUGAUUUAUACUGUUGGUAAGGAUCCCCAGUACCAAAACACUAUAGUUGCUGAUACUGCGCCAUUGGUUACAGCUCCUGUUAUUGUUUUGGUGAACAACAAAACUGCUAGUGCAAGUGAAAUUGUGAGUGACUUCAUUUACCAAAUUAUGUGCAAUUCUUUGGCUAUUGCAGUUGCGGUACUGUUGUUGAAGCUCUUAUUUCAGGUUGCAUCUGCUCUUCAUGAUAACUGUAGAGCAGUUCUUGUGGGAGAAAGAACUUUUGGCAAGGGUUUGAUUCAAUCAGUUUUUGAGCUUCGCGAUGGGUCUGGAGUGGUCGUCACUGUUGGGAAGUAUGUCACACCAAAUCAUAUGGACAUAAAUGGCAACGGAAUAGAGCCUGAUUAUCGAAAUUUUCCAGCUUGGGGUGAUGUUACGCGGCAUUUAUUACAAUGCAAUAUGAAUCAACAAGGAUAAAACUCUGAGUUUACCGUACGUUUCUUGAAAAUUUGAGCAUAUUGAAGUGAAGACAUGAUAUAAUCAGCUGAUGGGUGAUUGUGCUUUUAAAGCAAACUUACAUGUUAACUGAAAAGCAUGUCUCCACCGAAGGCAUCUGCUUCUGCAUGAUUUCUGAUGGAUCACUUGCUUCACAAAGAUACUGGUUGGGGAGAUGCCCUUUCCAUUUCGAUGUGCAUUGAUAAUUGAAAAUGUCAGCUGAAUUCUGGUGGAAGGUCCAAGUUGUUGAUCAGUUGAACCUCGUAAGAUUUUUUAGAAAUUUGUGUUUAGAAAAAGGACAUUUCAUUUCUUACAAUUUGAUUCGAUAUGGAAUUUUAACUUUCUCGGAACUUGUGAAAGGUUAUUUGCAAUUGCAAGUUUGCAACUACAGAGACUUCUUUAUA